ACACCUGAGUGUGCAUAAACAGAGCUGAAGGAGCUGAACAUCGGUGUUCUUUAUUCUAUGCCUUGAAGUUUACAUUAUUUGAAUACACGAUGGAGACUGAAAGUGAGAGCAGCACUUUAGGAGAUGACAGUGUCUUUUGGUUGGAUUCUGAAGUUAUCACCCAGGUGACUGACAGUGAAGAGGGUGAAAGGGAAGCAAAUUUCAGGAAGAUGAAGUCCUCGGUACAUUCUGAAGAGGAUGAUUUUGUUCCAGAACUACACAGAAAUGUUCACCCUCGAGAACGGCCUGACUGGGAAGAAACACUUAGUGCAAUGGCAAGAGGAGCUGACGUUCCUGAGAUUCCUGGAGACCUUAACCUAAAGACAUGUGGCACUACAGCUAGUAUGAAGGUUAAACAUGUGAAAAAACCCACCAAUCCAGGACUGAUGGGCUGUGACAACAUUCACAGGUUAUCCUUCACUAAAGGUCACUUUCCGAAGAUGGCAGAAUGUGCACAUUUCCAUUAUGAGAAUGUUGAGUUUGGCAGCAUACAGCUUUCACUUUCAGAAGAACAGAAUGAUGUAACGAAAAAUGGCUGUGAAUCUAAAGAGCUGGUCUACCUCGUGCACAUUGCUUGUCAGGGCAAAAGUUGGAUUGUUAAAAGAAGUUAUGAAGAUUUUCGAGUGCUUGAUAAACAUCUUCAUCUGUGUAUUUAUGACCGACGAUUCUCCCAGCUCUCCGAGCUUCCCCGUUCUGAUGCCCUGAAGGACAGUCCGGAGUCCGUCACUCAGAUGCUUAUGGCUUACCUGUCCCGCCUUUCAGCUAUUGCUGGCAACAAGAUCAAUUGUGGACCUGCCCUUACUUGGAUGGAGAUUGAUAAUAAGGGAAAUCACCUUCUAGUACACGAAGAAUCAUCCAUUAACACUCCUGCUGUCGGUGCUGCCCACGUUAUCAAGAGAUACACUGCUCGGGCACCUGAUGAGUUGACCUUAGAGGUGGGCGACAUUGUUUCCGUCAUUGACAUGCCCCCCAAAGUGUUAAGCACAUGGUGGAGAGGCAAGCAUGGAUUUCAGGUGGGACUCUUCCCUGGACACUGUGUUGAGUUAAUUAAUCAGAAAGUUCCCCAGUCAGUGACCAAUUCAGUGCCAAAACCAGUGUCUAAAAAGCACGGCAAGCUCAUUACUUUCCUACGCACAUUCAUGAAGUCUCGUCCAACAAAACAGAAGCUGAAGCAGCGGGGGAUCUUGAAAGAGAGGGUAUUUGGUUGUGACCUGGGGGAGCACCUUCUGAAUUCCGGUUUUGAAGUACCCCAGGUUCUUCAAAGCUGUACAGCAUUCAUUGAAAGAUAUGGCAUUGUGGAUGGAAUAUAUCGUCUCUCUGGCGUUGCCUCCAAUAUCCAGAGACUACGCCAUGAAUUUGACUCCGAACAUGUUCCCGACUUGACAAAAGAACCAUAUGUUCAAGACAUUCAUUCCGUGGGCUCCCUCUGUAAGCUCUAUUUCCGAGAACUCCCAAACCCUCUGCUCACCUACCAGCUGUAUGAGAAAUUUUCAGAUGCUGUUUCAGCAGCAACAGAUGAAGAAAGGCUGAUAAAAAUUCAUGAUGUCAUCCAACAACUCCCCCCCCCACACUACAGAACACUGGAGUUCCUAAUGAGACACUUGUCUCUUCUAGCUGACUAUUGUUCCAUCACAAAUAUGCAUGCAAAAAACCUAGCAAUUGUUUGGGCUCCAAACCUGCUCAGAUCAAAACAGAUAGAAUCUGCCUGUUUUAGUGGAACAGCAGCCUUUAUGGAAGUGAGAAUUCAGUCAGUGGUUGUUGAAUUCAUCCUCAACCAUGUCGAUGUCCUCUUCAGUGGGAAAAUCAGUGCGGUCAUCCAGGAAGGUGCAGCUUCUCUAUCAAGACCCAAAUCUCUGCUGGUUUCCUCUCCAUCUGCCAAGCUGCUGACAUUGGAGGAAGCCCAGGCACGAACACAAGCUCAGGUCAAUUCUCCAAUUGUGACUGAAAAUAAAUAUAUUGAAGUAGGAGAAGGACCAGCUGCACUUCAGGGAAAAUUUCAUACCAUAAUUGAGUUCCCACUUGAAAGAAGGAGACCUCAAAAUAAAAUGAAAAAAUCUCCCGUGGGCAGCUGGCGUUCCUUUUUCAACUUGGGGAAAUCAUCAUCUGUUUCUAAACGAAAGUUGCAGCGUAAUGAGAGUGAGCCUUCCGAGAUGAAAGCCAUGGCUCUGAAAGGUGGCAGGGCAGAAGGAACCCUCCGUUCAGCUAAAAGUGAAGAGUCUCUUACUUCUCUCCAUGCAGUUGAUGGUGAUUCCAAGCUAUUCCGACCCAGAAGACCGAGAUCUAGCAGUGAUGCACUGAGUGCCUCUUUUAAUGGAGAAAUGCUGGGGAACCGUUGCAAUUCCUAUGAUAAUCUGCCCCAUGACAAUGAAAGUGAGGAGGAAGUGGGGCUCCUCCAUAUUCCAGCUCUGGUGUCUCCUCAUUCAGCUGAGGAUGUUGAUUUGAGCCCACCAGACAUUGGAGUAGCCAGCCUGGAUUUUGAUCCUAUGUCAUUUCAAUGCAGUCCUCCGAAGGCCGAAUCGGAAUGUCUGGAGAGCGGUGCUUCCUUUUUAGAUUCAUUAGGAUACUCCAAGGAUAAACCAAGUACCACUAAAAAGGAUACGGAAGCGGGUGGUAGCCAGUCUCAGACGCCAGGAAGCACUACAAGUUCUGAACCUGUCUCUCCUCUUCAGGAGAAACUGAGUCCAUUCUUUACCCUGGACCUGAGUCCAAGUGAGGAGAAAUCAUCUAAGCCAACAUUCACUGAAAAGGUUGUCUAUGCUUUCUCUCCAAAGAUUGGACGGAAAUUAAGUAAAUCACCUUCUAUGAACAUAUCUGAGCCAAUUUCAGUGACCCUUCCUACUCGGGUGUCAGAAGUCAUUGGUACAGCCCCAACUCCAGCAGCCCAGACUGCAUCUUCUCCAACCUGGAACAGAAGUAUUGACGAAAGUGCUGUUGUAAAUAGAUCCCCCACCCAGGUAGGAAAGAUGAAAACAAAUGAGAGAGAGGACCAAGAAGGAUGUGAGUCUGAAGCCCAGCCCCUGGAGCAGGUGGCUGCAGCACAAGUAGAGUCUCCAGGGAAGGAGGAGCAGUCCGUCCCAAGCAGUCAAAGUAAGGCUGUGCCUUCUGGACAGACUCAGACAGGAGCAGUUACCCAUGACCCCCCUCAGGAUUCCGUUCCUGUCAGUUCAGUCUCACUUAUCCCACCACCACCGCCUCCGAAAAAUGUUGCCCGCCUGUUGGCACUGGCCUUAGCUGAGUCUGCACAGCAAGCCUCAACUCAGUCAUUGAAGAGACCAGGGACUUCCCAGGCUGCUUAUACAAAUUACGGAGACGUAGCAGUGGCUGCAACUGAAGAUAAGCUGCCUGGUUCUUACUCUCAUGUUACUCUAGAUAAAGCCUGUUUCCCAACCGAUAGGCCUGCAGAGCAGUUCCCCCUUCAGAGCAGUGCAUCUGGGGACUGUGACCAGCCUAUACCAGCCACGGCAGCUGUUGGGGAUCAUACCCAUUCCAAUGCCACUGAGUCUGGGGAGCAGCUCCACCAGACAGACUUCCUAGGGAAUCAGCCCCAUCAAACCUAUUUAUCUGGGGACCCAGAAAAGGCCAGAAUCACUUCAGUUCCCUUAACAGACUCUAAGUCUGCUGAUCACAUAAGUUUCCCUGAAGACCAGUCUGGGAAGACCAGUGUGCUGACUGUCUCCUUUGCGGAUCAGGACCAGUCUCAACUUCAUUUCUACAGUGGCGAUCAGCCUCCUCCUUUUCUUGGUGCAAGUGUGGAUAAGCCCCAUCACCCCUCAGAACUUGCCGACAAAUCUCCUACACCUUCUAAUUUGCCUAGGGACAAAGUCUAUCCUCCUUCUGGGUCCCCUGAAGAGAAUACCAGCAUAGCCACCAUGGCUUAUGUGACGACUGCUCCAGCAACAACAGAAAUGAGCACCAGGGAAGCCAAUUGGGAUGUGGUUGAACAACCCACUGCAGCUGACUUUGCUGCCACCACCCUUCAGCGUCCUCAUAGAACUAAUCGUCCUCUUCCCCCACCUCCUUCCCAGAGAUCAGCAGAGCAGUUGCCAGUCACCAGUGUAGGAUUAAAUAAUUCCCACAAGGUUCCAGGAGUAGUUCCAAUUCCAGAGAGGCCACCUGAACCCAGAGCCGUGGAUGACCUUGCUCCUGUUCUUGUGAGUGACGGCAGUGCAGCUGCUCCGUGUCCCAUUUCUGCUCCUGCUCUCCAGCCAGGCCUCCCUGAAAAGGUGCGGGAAGGUGCCAGGGCCCCACCGCUGCACCUGCGUGCUGAGUCUGUCCCUGUGCACACUUCUUGUGGCUUUACUGUGCCAGUUCCCCCCACCAGGACAAUGGAGAGUAAAGUGGCUGCCACCAUACACUCCAACAUUGCAGACGCAACCAGUAGUUCCGGUUAUCAUCCCUUUGUCACUGCUUCCUCAGCCUCUGUGGAUGAUAUUUUGCCUUUACCACUUCCCGUCCCACAACCUAAGCAUGCAUCUCAGAAAACUACUUAUUCCACGUUUGCUAGGCCUGAUGUCACCACUGAGCCCUUUGGUCCAGAAAACUGUUUGCAUUUCAGUAUGACUCCAAACUGCCAGUACCGUCCCCAGAGUGUACCUCCACAUCACAAUCAGUUGGAACAACACCAGGUGUAUGGUUCCAGAUCAGAGCCACCAGCCUCCAUGGGUCCUCGUUACAACACAUACAUGGCCCCAGGAAGAAGUGCAUCUGGACAUCACUCCAAGCCAUGCAGCCGCGUUGAGUAUGUCUCUUCUUUGAGCUCAUCUAUCAGGAGUGGUUGUUACCCUGACGAUAUUCCACCAUACCCUACCAUCCGGAGAGUACAGUCUCUCCAUGCUCCUCCACCUGCCAUGAUUCGCUCUGUUCCCAUUUCACGGACAGAAGUUCCCCCAGACGAUGAGCCAGCCUACUGUUCAAGACCCCUGUAUCAGUAUAAGCCAUAUCAGUCCUCCCAGGCCCGCUCAGAUUAUCAUGUCACUCAGCUUCAGCCUUACUUUGAGAAUGGUCGCGUCCACUACCGUUAUAGCCCAUAUUCCAGUUCUUCUAGUUCCUAUUUCAGUCCCGACGGAGCCCUGUGUGACAUGGAUACUUACAGCACCGUGCAGUUGAGACCACUUCACCGGCUGCCCAAUCGCGAUUUUGCUUUCUACAAUCCUCGGCUGCAAGGAAAGAACUUGUACAGUUACGCUGGCUUGCCUCCACGUCCCCGGGCCACCGUGACUGGCUACUUUUCUGGCAAUGACCAUAAUGUAGUAAACAUGCCUCCAGCUGCAGAUGUGAAGCACACUUACACCUCAUGGGAUUUUGAGGACAUGGAAAAAUACCGUAUGCAGUCCAUCCGGAGAGAGAGCCGGGCUCGGCAGAAGGUGAAAGGGCCUGUUAUGUCCCAGUAUGAUAACAUGACCCCAGCAGUGCAGGAUGACUUGGGUGGGAUCUAUGUCAUCCAUCUACGCAGCAAAUCAGAUCCUGGGAAAACUGGACUUCUCUCAGUGGCAGAGGGAAAGGAGGGGCGGCACCCAACCAAGGCCAUCAGUCCCGAGGGAGAUGAUCGCUUCUAUAGGAAGCAUCCAGAGCCAGAGUUUGAUAGAGCCCACCACCACGGAGGACAUGGCAAUGGACAGUCAGAGAAACCGUCCCUCCCGCAAAAACAGAGCAGUCUCAGGAACAGGAAGCUUCAUGACAUGGGUUGUAGUCUCCCUGAGCACAGGGCACAUCAGGAAGCAAGCCAUAGGCAACUGUGUGAAUCCAAAAAUGGGCCACCUUACCCCCAGGGAGCUGGCCAGUUAGAUUAUGGGUCCAAAGGGAUUCCAGACGCUUCUGAGCCUGUCAGCUACCAUAACUCUGGAGGGAAGUAUAUUACACCAGGGCAGGAGUCUUUAAGACUGAACCACAAAGAGGUGAGGCUCUCCAAAGAUCUGGAGAGGCCUCGGGUUAGGCAGCCUCCUGCCCCAGACAAACACUCCAGAGACUGCUACAAGGAGGAGGAACACCUCAGUCAGCCCAUAAUCCCACCCCCUAAACCGGAGAGGAGUCAUAGCCUGAAGCUCCAUCACACCCAGAACGUGGAGAGGGACCCCGCUGUGCUGUUCCAGUACCAAGCACACGGCAAGCGCCAGAGCAGCAUGACUGCUGUGUCCCAGUACGACAACCUGGAGGGCUACCACUCCCCGCCCCAGCCCCCACCCCAGCCCCAGCCCCAGCCCCAGCGAGGAGGCUUUGGAGGAGGAGCAGUGGGCGCGUAUGUUCCCUCUGGCUUUCCCCACCCACAAAACAGGACAUACGCCACAGCUUUGGGUCAGGGGGCCUUCCUGCCCACAGAAUUAUCCUUGCAGCAUCCGGAAACACAGAUCCAUGCGGAAUGAGCCCUGGGAGCAAUAGAGUUGAAGCAGCCUCUGCUGGACAGUGGACUGUUCUAUUUUUUUCAGUAACCAAAAAGAUUUAAAGAAAAGAAAAAAAAAAAAAGCUACAAAUCCCCCGACCACAUUAAAAAAUAUAAGAAGAAGAAUAAAUCACCAUCUUUUUUCCUUCCUGUUUCAUUACCACCUCUUCCUUCUAUAUAGACAGUCACUUUUGUCAUUAAAAGAGAUCUGAAUGAUUGUAAAGCA